GUGGAGCGGUGCUGGUGUUUCAACAAAAAUUUUCUGAGUUUUCACAAAUUUUAUUUAUUUCUGUUUAGUCUAUUUAUUAGUGUUCCUUGGGCUCUUUGCUUUUACAAACCACGCUCACAAAGAGUCAUGAAGAAAUACGUAUUUUUCGUGUUUCUUCAACUCAAUAUACAUUACGGUGUGCGUUCAUUUAAUCUCGAGACAAGAAUACCUGUUAUCAAGAGAGGAUUGGAUGGUUCCUAUUUCGGUUAUUCCGUAGCGGAGCACCAGGAAACGCUUGACGAUGGAAAACAUAAAAGCUGGAUGCUGAUCGGUGCACCCUUGGAUCAAAAUAAACAACCAGGGACUAACCGAUCUGGUGCACUGUGGCAAUGUCCCUUAACAACAUUCACCAAUGACUGCAUCCAAGUCAUAACAGAUGGACGGGAAAGUAAGAUUUCACAAUACUAUAAUUACAGCAGUAAUGUGACAGACAUGGUAUUAUAGUAAUGAGCCACUAUAUUAUAUAGGCAAGCUGCGAAGAGCAGACAAACCUGACUCAAAGCUAUUUCAGCUGUUCUACGUUGGCUGUGUGAAAUAUCAACGUUGAAUUGAAACCGAACGUGGUUUUUACGAUUCAAAUGUUGAUUCUGGAACACUGAUACCUCCUCGUGAGGAUGAGAUAAAAAAUAAUCAAUGGCUAGGAGUGACUGUUCGCAGCCAAGGUGUUGGUGGAAAGGUUAUGGUUUGUGCUCAUCGUCAUAUAGUGAAAACGGCUGAUUCGCAAUGGGGCCAAGGGCAGUGUUAUAUACUGACUCAAGACUUAAAAUUCCAAGAUAUCAAAAAACCCUGCUCCGGGAAACCGACUGACAAGGCACAUGAACAGUUCGGCUACUGUCAAGCCGGAACUAGUGGAAUGUUGACGUCGGAAGAUCGUGUAGUCAUCGGUACACCAGGACCCCAUACAUGGCGAGGAACUAUGUAUGUUCUUCCAGUCUCAGAUGACUUUCUAUCCCGUGAUAAUACAGUUUACAAUGUACCUAUGCAGGAUGCCUCUCCAGUCAAUAAAUACAGUUACUUAGGAAUGUCGGUGACUGUGGGAAAUUUUUUUGGCACGGGACUAGCCUACGCAGGCGGUGCACCACGUUCCAAUGGGACGGGUCAGGUUAUCAUGACGAUUCGUCGUGAUAAUAAACCAGACAUGACCGUCGUCCUGAUUUUGGACGGGGAACAAUUUGCUUCCAGUUACGGCUACGAAAUUACGUCGGCAGAUGUUAAUGGCGACAAAAUCAGCGAUCUGAUUGUUGCUGCGCCUUUUUAUUUUAACAAGGCUGAGGGCGGUGCUGUAUACGUAUACACGAAUCUGUGUAGCAAUCCAAAUGCUAAUGAGAAAUGCAACAAGCCGACGAAGCUCGUCGGUCGCGAGGAAUCUAGAUUUGGAUUCGCUCUGGCGAAUUUAGGAGAUCUAAAUAAAGAUGGUUACGAAGAUAUAGCGAUCGGUGCACCUUACGAGGGAAUGGGAGCUGUCUACAUUUAUUUGGGAUCUAAAAAUGGUAUCAUUACUGUGCCUUCACAAGUAAUUCAUACAGAGGAGAUGCCUACGACAUUGAAAACCUUUGGUUACUCAUUAAGCGGCGGAAUAGACAUGGACCAUAAUGGAUAUCCUGAUUUAUUAGUGGGGGCUUACGACAAUGACGCUGUUGUACUUCUACGUUCUAGAAAAAUUAUUGAUAUCACAACGUAUGUACGGUUCUUAACGAAGAAUGGAUCUUAUCAGGAUAAAAUGGAACCUAUUGAUCCUAAUAAAUCAGGAUGCUUUGCUGAUCCAACAUCCAAUUAUACAUGCUUCUCAUUUAUAGCUUGCUGUAAGACAGAAUCCUCGGUAAAGGAUGAUAUGCAAGAUGUGAAAUUAAAUUAUUAUAUAGCAGCUGAGACGUUUUUGGGAAUAAAAAAAUUCUCCAGGGUUUGGUUCGGUACAAGAAAUUCUUCAGUAGAAAAACCACUAUUCAUUAACCGUAAUGUCACAUUAGAUCCAACGAAGCUUGAAUAUUGUCAGAAAGAGACUUUAUACUUAAAGGAUAAUAUCAGUGACAUUCAAUCGCCUAUAAAGUUCCGCUUAAGUUACACGUUACUUCAGGAAGAACCUGAAAUGCCUGCUGAAGGACUGCCACUUCCGGACAUAAAAAAAUACCCGAUUUUGAAUCAGCAGGAAGCAGCACGUAUCUUUGAAGCAACUUUCCAAAAAGAUUGCGGAAGCAAUGACAUUUGCGAGAGCGAUCUCCAGAUUGAUGCUAAAUUGAAUUUAUCAGCAUCAGCAAUUAAACCAAAUUUCUAUGAACUCUUGCUAGGGGAAAGAGAACAAGUCAUCGUGAAUAUUACUGCUAGAAAUUUCGGUGAAUCUGCAUACGAGGCUAAACUAUUCAUAAAGCAUUCACCGAGCUUAAAUCAUCAUGGCCGUAGGAUCAUUAACUCUGUCAUUUGUGAUUCCCACAAUACCACCUUAGUGUACUGUUUGAUUGGAAAUCCAUUUAAGAAGGAUGAUCCAUUGAAUUUUCAAGUGAAGUUCGAUCCUAAAGGUUUAGAGGAUAAUGAAGCCGAGAUAGAAUUUGUAAUUUUUGCAAAUUCAACUUCCACAGAAAUUACAAAAAAAGAACCAGUGCGUUUGCAGGCUACUGUACUCAAGAAAGCAGAAUUAUCCAUCAGCGGAAGUGCCAAGACCCAAUGGGUCGUGUAUGGGGGACCUGCUAUUGGGGAAUCUGCUAUAAAGCAAUUGAACGAAAUAGGCCCAAAAGUUUCUCACAUUUAUGUGGUAUACAAUGAGGGACCUUGGAAAGUGAGCAGCGUCGAAGUACGAAUUUCGUGGCCCUAUGAAGUAGCAAAUGAUAAACCGCACGGCAAGUGGCUUCUGUACCUGGAGGAAAUGCCAACUGUUGAAGCUCUAGGAGAUGGCGAGUGUACGCUUUCUCCAGGAUUUGAGGCCAACCCAUUGAAACUACAGGGCAGCUUAGGUCCUGACGACUUAGGUCCUCUAUAUCCUCUAUCUACAACGCCUCCGUCAGAUCUUCGUAAUGAAACUAAUUUCGUACGAAGGAGACGAGACACGGAAAAGAUUGUGAAUACGCACACGAUUGUCGACAAGGAGGGUCAUAAGCACCAGGUGGUUUCUAUGAAUUGUAAGGCUGGCACGGCUAAGUGUUUCGACAUUAUAUGCAUAAUUUAUAACUUGCAAAGGAAACAGGAAGCAACUAUCACCGUGAAGGCAAGGUUAUGGAAUUCGACGCUCGUGGAAGAUUAUCCAAGAGUGGAUAAGGUGAAGAUUAGUUCCAAUGCGAGGAUAAUUAUUCCAUCAAAUAUUGUGAUUCAGCAGGAGAAUGUCAAAGAUGAUCAGGCAAUUGCCGAAACAAUUGCGUAUCCAGAUUUAUUGGGUCAACAGGACGCAGAACCAGUGCCAAUUUGGAUAAUAAUAGUAGCGGUAGUAGCAGGUCUGUUGUUGUUAAUUUUACUGACUCUGGUUCUUUGGAAACUUGGAUUUUUUAAAAGACGCCGACCUGACCCGACACUUUCUGGAAAUUUGGAAAAGCACAGAGACGACAAUCCGGAGCAGGAGGCGUUAUUCAACAAACACUAAAAGUAAUUUUACUUAAUAAUUCAUAUGCCCGGAACAGGCCUUCAAGUAAGAUAUUCAACGUACCGAGUACCAGAUCAGAGUACUUACAAUUAAGUAAAAACUAGAAGAAAAACAGAAAAAGCGAAAAGAAAAGCGUAUUUAUGAUUACAUAGUAGUUUAAACGAAGAUGCCUUGUAUUUUGAGAAGAGAUCUGCGAUUUCUUCGCCAUUGAAUUUCACUGGCAGCAUUUCUUUAGUGCCUUAAGAAAGCUAUGAAAGUAUAAAUGAUGUUUAUUUCUUUUUCUCUCGCAAACCCUUCUGGCAAGACUGACGAGCGAUUAAAAAAUGGCUAAGCCGAACGGUGCUGUUGUCUAAAUAUUUUUUUUUUCUAUUAUAUUAUUUUUUACAAAACUUCAUUACGAAUGAAAUACAACUAAUAACAGUGGAUAAUCACGUACCUAAUUUUCUUAAGACCCAGUAGUCAUGAUUCGAAAGUCAAGAUAAGAGUCAUCAUUCGAAACGCUUUAACGAUUGUCUCGAAAAAUAUGCAUAUAUAUAACAGAAAAAAGCGUUUGUGCAAGAUGCAACUGUACAUUUUCUACUCCCUUUUAGUUAAUAAUCAGAUAUUUAUUGGAUGUCAAGUUCUCCAAAAGAUCCUACUUUAAAGUUUGUGUAUUUUGAACCACUGCCUCCAGGAAUAUUAUCAGGACAUACUCGUUACGCUAAAAACAUUCCACUAGGUGGAUAAAAACGAGUCUACUUGGUCGUCUAUAAAAACUUGUUUGAAAAGGUUCAUCGACAUUUAUCAUUAUCCAUCAUAAAAUCAAUUGCCAUCGAAUACACAUAUACAAUGUGGUUAGGAUCUGUACAUUUUCAUAAUAUUAUGUGAAAUGUAAAAGUCAUUUAAUUUUGUAUCAGACGUAACUACGUUGUACGUUGAGCAUGAUUUUAAAUUUUGUACUUACGCCCUGUGCAACUUUGUCUUUCGCAAGUUCUCAAACGGUGCUUUAAUUUUUGUAUAGGACCCGAUAUGAAAUAUAUACAUAUACAUCAAAA